UUAGUAUUAAUGUAUUGACCAUCAUUAAAUUUUAUUGUCUAAUGUGCCACGAAAAUUUGGCCAUUAAAUCUUUCUAUUUAUUAUAAUUUAUUAUAUUAUUAGUUGAAAAAAGAAGAAAAACUUUAUCAGGAGAUUGCCAGGUUUGCACCCAAGGCAAAGCUUCUCGAAUUAAUUGCAAUAGAGCCAAGGUUGGACCCAAUGCAGUGCUGCUCAAAUGAAUUGCAAGGGAGCCCCUCAAGCAGCAUUGAAUGAGGAAGCAGCAUUUAAGAGGGAGCCUUUUCUCCCCUCAUUCAAUUCAUCUUCCCAGUUCCUUUGCACUCCAAAAGGAGGUUCUGUCCCCCCACCCACUCCCACAUCCAAAUCCAUAAACACUAAAAGAUGGACAUAGUGUUCGACUUCUGAAUCCUAGUCUCUUGUGACAAACACCCCCGAGCCCCCUCUCUGUUGGCUUCCCGUUUAGCCCAGAAAUAAAUCUCACCAAAGGAUCUCGUGAGACAUCUCAGCUCCCUCCCCUCAGGCUCCCCUCCCUCACCCUUCCCCGUGAGACAAGGAGAGCCCUCUACGCUCACGAGUUUUACCUCUCCUUCAGCAAUGCCUCCCAUUUUCAAACCCCUCCAUCCCCUCUUCAAAUACCCCCACACCCCACUGGAGCUGGAGAGCAUGAAGUACCCAACAAGCACUACUCCGCCAUGGCACCCAAUCACCACCUUGACCUCUUGCUGUCCUUGUGCUUCUUCUGGUGCUUGGCUCCUCUUCUCCAUGCUCAAAACUUCCAAACUUACAUUGUCCAACUCUAUCCGCAUCACAUGGUUGGUAGCCUUUUCCAAACCAAGCUCCAUUGGCACGUCUCCUUCCUGGAGAAAGCCGUGCUCUUGGAGGAAGAGGACCCUUCCUCUCGGCUCCUCUACUCGUACCACACUGCGCUCGAAGGCUUCUCAGCUCGCCUCGCCGACGAUGAAGCGGCGGCCUUGCGAGCAUUGCCCGGUGUCGUCUCGGUCCGUCCCGACCACCGGCUCGAGCUGCAUACCACCUACUCCUACAAGUUCUUGGGGCUGAACUUUGCACCAGGUGGAGCUUGGGCUCGGUCUGGAUUCGGUAAGGGUACCAUUAUCGGAGUGCUCGACACCGGUGUCUGGCCUGAGAGCCCCAGCUUCGGUGACCGCCGGAUGCCACCCGUGCCUCGCCGGUGGAGGGGUGCCUGCCAAGAAGGAGAGAGCUUCAAUUCCUCCAACUGCAACCGAAAGCUCAUCGGCGCCCGGUUCUACUCCAAAGGUCAUCGUGCCAACAUGCCGGAGAAGCCGGCAGCGGCGUCCUUGUUAGAGUAUAUGUCCCCAAGAGAUGCGCAUGGGCAUGGUACCCACACGGCGUCGACUGCAGCCGGGGCACUGGUUCCUGGCGCCGGUGUUCUCGGCGUUGGAGCCGGCGAGGCACGAGGGAUGGCCCCUGGUGCCCACAUUGCCGUCUACAAGGUCUGCUGGUUUAACGGGUGCUACAGCUCCGACAUCCUUGGAGGGAUGGAUGAUGCCAUCCGAGAUGGAGUUGAUGUCCUCUCCCUCUCCCUCGGUGGCUUCCCAAUCCCACUCUUCGAGGACAGCAUCGCGAUCGGUAGCUUCAGGGCCAUGGAGAAGGGCGUCGCUGUCAUCUGCGCCGCCGGAAACAAUGGCCCUGUGCCGAGCUCGGUUGCCAAUGAAGCCCCAUGGAUCACCACAGUCGGUGCAAGCACGCUCGACCGGAGGUUCCCGGCCUUUGUUCGGAUGGGCGACGGUCAGAUCCUCUACGGCGAGUCCAUGUACCCGGGCAACCGAUUUUUGAAAAAAGGCGGCAAGCAGCUGGAGCUGGUCUACGAGACUGGUGGGAGGAAUGGAGCUGAAUUGUGUCUGAAGGGAUCUCUUUCAAAAUCCAGCAUUGGUGGGAAGAUGGUGGUCUGCAACCGAGGGAUCAGCGGCAGAGCCGAGAAGGGCGAGGCUGUGAGGGAAGCAGGUGGAGCUGCCAUGGUCCUGGCCAACACCGAGAUCAACCAGGAGGAGGAUUCUGUUGAUGUCCAUGUUCUGCCUGCGACAUUGAUAGGCUACCAAGAGUCCAUAAGAUUGAAGAGCUACAUCAACUCGACAAGGCACCCGGUGGCUCGACUAAUCUAUGGAGGAACAAGAAUCCGACAAUCAAGGGCACCGGCGGUCGCCUUGUUCUCGUCACGAGGGCCGAGCCUGACAAACCCCUCGAUCCUUAAACCAGACAUCAUUGCUCCAGGGGUGAACAUCAUUGCAGCAUGGCCUGCAAAUCUUGGUCCCUCGGCCCUGCAAGAAGAUCGCCGGAGGUCUAAUUUCAGUGUCCUGUCAGGGACAUCCAUGGCAUGCCCCCAUGUCAGUGGAAUCGUAGCUCUUGUCCGCACAAUGCACCCAUCCUGGAGCCCGGCUGCAGUUCGGUCGGCUAUCAUGACGACCGCCGACAUUGGAGACCAUUUCGGGAAGCCCAUAAUGGAUGGCAAAGAGCGAGCUGGAGUCUUUUCUACCGGUGCCGGGCAUGUCAACCCGACAAGAGCAGUCGAUCCAGGGCUGAUUUACGACAUCAAACCAGAUGACUACAUCGCCCAUCUUUGUACUCUUGGAUACACUUGGCCGGAGAUCUUUACCAUUACUCACAGAAACACCAGCUGCCGUGAGGUCCUGCACCAGAACAAACAAUUCAGUCUUAACUAUCCCUCAAUUUCAGUAACUUUCAGGCAAGGAAGAACAUCAGUUAUGAUUCAGAGGACACUUACCAAUGUUGGCUCCCCAAAUUCGAUGUACUCGGUACAAGUGACUGCACUACAAGGAGUGAGGGUGAGAGUGAAGCCAAAGACAUUAACAUUCAGAGAAAUAAAUGAAAGGAGAAGCUAUACAGUUUGGUUCCAGUCAGGUAGAAGAACAGUGAAAGGGACAAGAUUCACAGAAGGGCAUCUGACAUGGGUGCAUAGCAGAAAGUCCCAAUACAAGGUGAGAAGCCCAAUAUCAGUGACUUGGGCAUAGGACUAGGAUAGCUUCUUACUCUCAAGAGGUUGUUUCAUAGAUGAUUUUAGAAGUGUAGGAAACAGGAUGAAACUUCUUUAUUAGUGAUAAAGAAGAGAAUUGUCCUUGAAUCAAGUUUUAUAGCAUGUAAGGAGCUAUGGUCAUCUAUUUAACUACACAUAGCUCAAGUAUAAUAAUAAGAUUCCUUUUUAUUGUUGCAUUUGAGCCUCCUGUUGACUUUUGGAUGUUGAAUAUUCAGUCAGUAUAAGGACAAAGAACUUAAAGAUACUGCCUGCAAAAAGAUUUCAAGUGUUGGGCAUGAGCAAUGCAUGCGACAAACAAAUCAAAUUCCACCAAGAUGAGCAGUUGUGAUCAAAGUAGUUAAUGAUUGGGUAUUGACAGGCUAGAAUUGGGUGAUGUGGUGAAGUUAACAGAGAAAUCCAAUCAAAGAGCUUGAUGAGCCUUAAUUUUCAAGAAAUUUACAAAAUGUUGUAUAAAUGUGAAGGACAAUCUCUAAAGCUUGAGAACAAAAUAAAACAGAAAGGAGGAUGAAAAAAAUUUAGAAGCUUGUACAUUUGAAAAGUCUUCUUUUACAGUCCGAAUAAGUGAGUAGAUGAUUACCAAAAAAAAAAAAAAAUCUUAGCUACUCUUGAUCUUAUGGUGAAAUAGUUUCAGUGGUUUUAAUAUUUAAUAUCAUCCUCCCCUCCGUGUUAAACAUGUGAGAUUAACUGUAAUAUCUGAAGGAGGCAUGUGGCUCAAUCCUUGUACCCUUCCAAGUGAACAGCAUAAGGAUAAUCUACGUGCCUUAAUAGUUUUUGGUACAUGCGUGCCUUAUUAGUUAGUUGUCACCAAGAGUUCACUUAUCGAGUAUUGAUAAAAUUCCAUGUUGAAUUUUAAGCUAAUUCAUUGAUUUCUACUGCCAGUAAUAACUGCUUUCCAGCUUAUCAAAAGUGAAUCAAUUCUUUAGCAGGGAGAUAUAAAUAGCCAAGACUAGACUAAAACUAUUUUUGAAGAAGAUUCCAUUUGAAAUAGAAUGCAGAAUGUAAUAACAUCGAAAUUUGGAAAUACAGAUAAAUACCAGAAGGAAAACUGGGGAUCAAGCAGGUAAACUAGCUUGCAGGAUCCAUCAAGUGGAACGAAAUGAGAUCCCCACAAACAAACUGGUACAAUGUGAAUAUAGUCAAAUGCCUGAACUCUAUAAUCUGCUAUAACAUUCAAAAUAUGUUUUUUUUUCUCUUUUAUGUUUCUUACAUAGCAAGCCAUGACUAAAUAUAACCAAAACCUAUGAUCUAAAGAAAAUCAAAUUCUUAAUUCAAGUUAACAUAAAUUAGACAAAAGAGGAACCCUAGAAGAUUCAUACAGUCGACCAAAUUUGGAAAACUAUGAACUACUAAAGGUUGAAGAAUUAAUGUAUAUACAUACUCUUGAAAACUGAAAGUUCCACCAGUCUGAUUGAAAUCAGUGGUUUUGACUGAUACUGCAACUCCGAAGCCAGAGACAUCCUGACCAAGUAUUAUGGAUGUUCAGGUGCAUUCUAUACAUAUGCAAGUGCAUGUAUGUCCUCAUGCAUGCUAUUGUUCCUGCAUUCACAGACCACUAGUGGACAUGUACUUAUUUGUGUCCACAGCACAGAACUUAAGUCUAAUACUGGUAAUGUAAAAUGAAUACAUUAGCAUUGUCAUGUUAGCAACCGUGUAAGCACAGUUCGCUUUGUCACAUUUCUAAGGUGUUACAUAAGAAGAAUUAUAGCCAUAAUCAACAAAAGUUGUCAAUUCAUCUGGAAUAUGAAAUAGGAAAAGAAAUCCCUCAUAUCAUAAAAAAGUUUCAGCAAAGAGCGAUCAAACUCACGUCACGAACAGAAAAAUCUUGUCUUUCACCAUGUAAUUUAAGCAGCAAGAACAUGGGCACUACAA